ACAUCACUUUGGUCUGUCACCAUGACUACUGCAGAACUCUCACACUUCAGCAGUUGGUCUGCCAACUGCUGUAGUUGUCUUUGAUGUUUAGUGCCAAGGAAGAAGUAGAGUUUCAAGUCCUUUGAAAGACUACCCGGUCCAGGAUCCCUGUGAAGUGUUUGGCCUGUACCAGGAAAAAGCUUUCUCCUCACAUGGAAACCCACGGUGAGAAAGCGACACUAUUUCAUGGCGUACGUGGAAGCUUGCUGCUCGAAGGGCCCGUGGAAUUCAGAAGAGGCUGGAGGAAAAAGAAGCGCCAUCUCUUCUUGUUGAAUGAUCUUUUGGUUGUGUCUAAUAAUGUACACAAGAAGAAGUUUAAGAUAAAAUAUAUCAUCCCACUGAGUUACCUCUGGAUUUGUGACUAUGCAGACCUUGUGGGAGGAGACAACAGGACUGCCUCCAAGUCCAUCUUCCUUUGCUGGCCCAUGGAAAAUUUUGUGGCCACCUUCUGUACCAAGGAACAGAAAAAAUGGUGGUGGUUUUUCCUCCAAAGAUACAUCAAUGAGGCCAAGAUGAAUGGCGAGAGUAAGAGUGCUGCACUGCAGAUGGUCACAGAGGACAUCCGACGCUGCACCAGCGCAUGCGCCUGUAAGGCCAAAGAAGACAGUUAGGGUUCUUGACUAGGGGAGCAAGGUCAACAGAAUGUAUAAGAAUGGGGGAAUGAAGGGUGGUAGAGUAGGGGAGAGAGGCAAAAGAAGAAGCAGGAGAAAGGGAGGGAGAUAGAUUUCAGACACUACUGUGUGGAAAAUGUAGAUGUGUAUGUCAUGCAUGCAUAUAUGUGAAAAGGACUAGGAAGAAUGACGGAAGAAUAAAUUGAGUUAGCUGCAGUUCUAAAAAUGUAAGUAGUUCAUAUUAAAUUUAAAUUAUUAUAAACUGUUCUAAAUUUAAUUUACAAAUUAAAUAUGUCUUAUUUUUUAUUCAAGUAUAAUUAUAAAUAUGCAGGAGUUAUGAGAUAGGGAGACUACUAUAUACUAUUAAUUAUACAUAUUUACAUAGUUGGUGACAUUUUUCAGUUUUACCUUUUCUUCUGCUAUUUCUUUCUCUCUGACUCUCUGUACAUUGUACAUAAGUCAGGUGCAUAAUGAUAGCUCUUUAUUCUCAUCUCCUCUUAAAUAUAAGGAUAACUUAUUAUAUAACUACCAUUUGAGAAUGUGUCUGUGCACGUGUGUGUGUGUCUGUGUGUGCAUGUGUGUGCAUGUGUGUGUCUGUGUGUGUACAUGUGUGUGUCUAUGUGUAUAUGUCUGUCUGUGUGCAUGUAUGUCUGUGUGUCUGUGUGCCUGUAUGUGUCUAUGUCUGUCUGUGUACAUGUAUAUGUGUGUGUAUAUAUGUGUAUGUGUCUCUCUGUGUGUGCUUGUCUGUCUGUGUGCAGGUAUGUGUGUGUAUGUCUGUGUGUGUGUGUAUGUGUGUGUUCACGCCUGUGCCAAGGCAUCUGUGGAUAUUAGAGCACAUUUUGGAUUGACCUUUCUGUCCAAAUUUGUUGAGGGAUCUAACCUUAGUCAACAGGCUUGGUGAAGGAUUCUAUACCUGCUAAUUCCUGAUCUCAGCCAGAGAAAACUCCUCUAUCCACAUUCUGAGCAUAUGUCUAAGAUGGACUACUUACUGAUUGCUUUUACACAAGAUAUCACCUCUGCUCUUGAAUUCUUUGAUACUUCUUUUAUUCUUGGGCCACAGUUAGUAAUGUGAAAUCAGUGUCAGGUGGCUCAGGUGACAUUUUUGUAAAGAGCAUUUGCUUGGGAUAUAGUACAUUUAUAGAAAUAAUCCUUAGCACUAAGAUUCUCUCUCUCUCUCUCUCUCUCUCUCUCUCUCUCUCUCUCUCUCUCUCUCUCUCACACACACACACACACACACGGGAGGAGGUAGACACACACAGACAGGUGGGCAUAGAGGGAGCUAAGGCCAGACACACAGAAAGGCAGAGAUAAAGACUGAUCAAUUUAUCCUAAUCUAGACUUUUCCUUUAUCUCCUUAAAAAUCACACCUACAGAGACAUCUGCUGCUGUCUUUGCCCAAUCCAGAGGAAGACUCCCAUUUAUUCCCUCCAGGAUAAAUAAAAUAUUAUUUGUGUUGAGAA